AUGAAGCACAAGCUGGGGUUCACCGAUUUCACCAUUUAUGAGAAGCUCGACGGAGUGGGCGGGACAUGGCGUACAAACACGUAUCCAGGUGUUGGCUGCGACGUGCCUACAAUCCUGUACUCGUUUGCCUUCAACCUCAACCCAAAUUGGUCCAAGGAGUUGUGCGACGGCCCCGAGAUCUUGGAGUACAUGGAAGCCACCGUCGAUAAGUAUGACUUGCGAGCGCACAUGGAGUUCUCUAUCGAGUGCUUGGGCGCGAACUGGAACGAAGAGACCAAGAAGUGGGAUGUGCGCUUCAAGGAUCUCAAGACAAAGACUGAAUUUGUGCGCUGCGCUGCGGUCUUCAUUUCCGCUGUCGGCGGCAUCUCGUAUCCCAGGGACGUCAAGUUUCCAGGAAUGGAGAAAUUCAAAGGGGCCAUGUUCCAUACAGCUCGUUGGGAUCACUCAUACGACUACGAAGGCAAGCGAAUGGCCAUUAUUGGAAACGGAUGCUCAGCAGCGCAAGUCGUCCCCGCAGUGGUCAAGGAUGUAGCGUCAAUCAAACAGUAUGCGAGGUCGGCGCAAUGGUAUCAUGAGCGACCAAAUCGGAACUUCAGCAAAGUUGAAACAUGGGCGUUUCGCUAUGUUCCGCUAUGGGAGAGAUGGAAAAGAUUGCAAUUGUUUCUGGAGAACGAUGAUCUUGUCACGACAUACAUGCCUGGUGCUGAAGCAACAACAAAGCGGGCCAAGGUCGAGGACCAUGCAAAGCGCUACAUUUUCUCACGGGCGCCGAAAAAGUAUCACAAUGUCUUGGUUCCAAACUUUCCGCUAGGCUGCAAGCGUCGCAUCUUCGACCCUAAUUACCUCGACGCUCUCAAUGAACCAAAUCUGGAACUCCUACCUGAAGGAAUCCGAGAGUUUGAUGAGACAGGUAUAGUCAGCGAGUCAGGAAGAAAGGAGGAGUUUGAUGUCAUAGUCCUAGCAACGGGAUUCCAAGUCCAGCGGUUCCUCACUCCAAUGGAAGUCUUCGGUAAGGGGAAGAACCGACUGAACCAACAAUGGAAAGAGCAGGGCGGCGCACAAGCUUACAUGGGAACCUUCGUGCACGGCUUCCCCAACUUCGCUAUUCUAUUCGGUCCCAACACUUUCCCAGCUCACAACUCCGCGCUCUUCGCGUGUGAAGUGCAGAUCGAAUUCGUCAUGCGGAACCUCCUCGCUCCUCUGAUCGAUGGUAGAUGCAGGGUCGUCGAAGUCAAAGCCACAGCCGAGAGCCAAUGGGUCAAUAGCAUUCACAAGCAACUGUCAGGAUCGGUUUUCCAGGCUGGCUGCUCGAACUGGUAUAUCAACGAACAUGGCCGCAAUGCUGCCAGUUGGCCAGGGUAUGCGAGCACGUACUGGAAAGAGGCUUGCAUUCCUCGAUUCGGAGUAUUCAAAACUGAGGGAGGGUCGUAUUUCUGGUUUUUGAGGACUUUAAGUAGGUGGAUUCGGACGGCCAGCUCCACCACAUAUGGUCUUGGUCUGUUGGCUAUUGCUAUAAGUUUGUGGAAGAGAAACGAAGGAUUCCGUUCUGCUUUGAUAGACGUUUUCGGAGCUGCGACUGGUCGGUUUGCGCGUCUUGUGGGACAUCGGAACUAG